CUUCUUCUUCUUCUGUAUUCCCGCCGAAAUCGCCAUUUACUGUAAUUUCGUACUUGUAUUUUGUAUCUAAAAGCACAGUUUCAACUGAGCUUUCGUUCCAAAUUAUACAUUGUGUAAAUUCCUUUACGAUUUAAAUAACAAACUAUUUUAGCAGCGCUGUGUGAUUUCAUUUGGUGGGCACAGUUUUAUGCCGAUCUAUGUUUCAUUUUGUACAGGCUCAGAACUUAAAUUCAAGAUUCUGUUAUAAGAAGACUUGAAUUGGACUAUGGAUCUAGCAGCGUUUUCUCCACAAAAACUACAGCUGAUUCAUCAGUCAUCCCCUCGAGCAUCUGCUCGUAAACGCAGUCUCUUCCCCUCCAAUAGUCCCCAGAGUAAUGACUUAGGCCUCAUAUCGGAACUGUAUUCAGAUGACUCGGAUGUUUACAGUCCCCCGCUGACUUCACCAUCUCUAUCAAUUACACCUGCAAAGGCCUCAAAUACUCCAGAUAGAAUACUGAAAGUCACAAAUUGUCUGAAAUUUGAUGAUUUGUCACCCAAACAAUCUGAACGGAGGUCACCAAGAAAAUUUCACCAUAAAAUGUUUGGAAAAGAGAAUACAGAUGUUUUACAGAUGAGUGUGAGGAAAUCCCCCAGAAAAUCAUCUAAGAAGCAAUUGUUGGAAAAAAAGAAUUUCGAUGACCACUUUGUUACUUAUUUGUCUGAGAGCUCAGAGGAACAGGAAAAGAUACAGUUCAGUGUCAGUUCUGAUAAUCUUUCUACUCCCAAGAAUGGUAUGAAUAAUGCCAUGAGUCCAACAGCUCCUAAAAUGAUAAUCAAACCUAACAGUUUUUAUGGGAAAGUGGCCCCGAUAUUGGCCACAAAUCAGACCAAUCGAAUCCAGGGAAUGAAAUGUGUCUUUAGACCCGUACAGCGGUCUAGAGCCAAGGCCAAAUUACUGUUUGAAGACAAACCCACUGCGAAGAAACGAGAGAGAUCUAGAAGUAUGGAUGUUAUGAGGGAAGCAAAAAGACGGAAAGCCAUAUAUACUGGAGUUCAUCAUGCUAUUCCAAAGCAGCAAAAGCGUAGCCCUCCACUUGUUGAGCAUGUUAAAAAAGAAACAAUACGAGAGAAAGCAAAAAAUCUUACAGAUUUGUCUCGAACACCCUACAGUAUCAAAAAGAAGAAGGAAGGUUGGGAACAUACAUUGAGAUUCACAAAACCAUUGAGAUAUGAAGAUUCACCGUAUAUGGCUGGAAAGAGAAAGUUCUUCAAGACAUCAGUGCAAAAUCCUAUAUCAUCAUCUCCUGGUUCUGGCAGUGAUGCAUCACCGCCAUCUUUUUUGAAGAAACGGAAGCUUUUUGACAGUCGCAAGAGCUACUUGGAGUCUUCACCUUCACCUUCGCCGGAAAAAAUAAAACUAGAUGCUGCAGAUAUUUCUGAGUUGAUUGAGGAUAACUCCGAUAAUGACAAGCUACAGGAAGGACCUGAAGUUGAAGACAUUCUACUUCGCUUGGAAGAGGAAGAUGACGAAGAUAAAAAGAGAGAGGCUGAGCGCAGGAUGUUGAUGAAUAUUUUAGAAGACUCUCCGACUAAAACAUCUGCCAUAGAUAGUCUAUCACAUUGCACUGCCUCUCUGGAUCUGAAUGACUCAAUCACUGGAUCAGGCUGUUCAAGAUUUAGUUUGGAGCAGGAGGGGAAUAGCAGUGAAAAAACUCCGACUCGCAUUUUUUCGUUUUUCAAGAAAAAUUCAAGCACUUCCAAGACUGAUUCACCCGCUCAAAAGAACAGGAGGAAGUGGGUUGGAGUGGGUGAGGAUCAGCUCCAGAUUGAUGCAGGUCAGAAGAAGUUCGGAGCCUGUCAGUGUCCAGAUUGUGGCAUGGUCUAUCAAGUGGGAGAAGCAGAGGAUGAGAUGCAUCAUACGGCCUUUCACAAUAACAUGUCAACACUCAAACACACGGGUUGGAAGAAUGAACGAGUGGUGUAUACUUAUGGGAUUGAUUACAUCUUGGUGGUAACCGGAGAUGACCCUAAGAGUUGGCAGCAGAAGGCGUUCGAUGUGUUGUCAAUCGUGGACAAAAUGUUGGGCAUUACCCCAGCUACCACCAACGUUAUGCAUAACCAGAAGGUGUUCAUGUACAUCUCUGACAAGCGGGUGGUGGGCUGUGUUGUGGCGAACCCCUUGUCAAAGGCCUACAAGAUGAUUAGCUCAGAGAGUGAUGUGGACAUCUGCUCUGAGGAGACCUACCCGGUCCGUUGUGGGAUUAGCCGAAUCUGGACAUUAUACUCUCACCGCAGACGUGGUAUCGCCAGUACGAUGCUUGACACUGUUAGACGUAAUUUUAUGUAUGGACACAUCCUCCCAAGAGAAGCUGUCGCUUUCUCCAUUCCAACUCCUGAUGGCAAGAAGUUUGCUGCCAAGUACAUGGAGACUCCCAAUUUCUUAGUUUAUACAGGAUAUUAGUUAGCAGACAUACCUUCUGAUACAGGAUGUUAGUUGGCCGACAUAACUUCUGUUCGAAUUCAGAGAGUAAAUUUGUAGGUCUCAUUUUUACAAAAGUAAUUUUGAAACUGUGUUUUUGAAGGGAGGUUGAGAAAAUAAGUAAAACUUGAAUAGUUCCAACCAUAAAAGUAAAAGAUUUCACUUGUGAAAUAUACGCCUCCUUCAAAAAAGGGGUUAAUUUCUUAAAAAUUAUAAUUUACUGUAGGCAAUUGAUAGAGACAUACAUUAUUAUUGAAAUUUGUUCUAAAAACUGUGAAUUCCAAAUAUUGGCAAAUAUUAAUGCUGUUUGAAUAUAAUAUAGAAGAGGUUGUAUAAAAUAUGAAUGUAGCUUAAAUAAUAAUUAUAUAAUCAGUUAGUCUUGUUUGUACAUUUUAUUUCUAAUUUUAACAUCUUAAUAUGAAGACUACUCUGCCAUGUAUUUAAAUCAUGAAAUUACUGAUAAGAAGAGUGAAUAUUCAUAAUCUUAUUCAUUCUCAAAUACAUUUUAAGUACUAAAAUAUAAUGUUGUUUGUAAUAAUGUCUAAUGUGUCUAGCCAUAUUGAAUAACUUUUUACCAACAGUUGAGCAAACAGUAUUCUGUUUAAAUUUCAGGAGAUUUUCUUUGUUUUUAAAAGAAAUUGUGAAUUUGUUAACAGUAGUGUUAUAAUGAAAUACAUUAUAUAUUUAUAAUUGCUCAUUUAGUUUUUAAGUUUGACCCAUGAAACUGGAUGCUGUCUGUACUAAUACUUAUACACAGUUGUUCAUAGACAUAGCAUUUUAGAUGUUUUACAUACAAUUAUAAUUUACUACUAGGGAAAUAUUAUUAAGUUUAUACUGUCAAUUACUGCACAUUUUGUGUGCCUUUAUUAUUGUGUCAAUGUAUUUUUCAGUAAAUGCCAGUUCUAUAUUUAUUAUCAUUUAGUAUUAUCUUAAAAACUAGGCAACUUUUGGUGUGAAGCAAAUAAACAGACUUAUAAUCAAACCUC